AUGAUUUAGAUUGGUUUUAAUUUAUUAAUUCAUUUUGUAAAAGGGAUUUAAUUUUACAGAGUGAUUAUGGAUCUAAAUAGAGACAUUAAGUAUUCAACUUUGAAGGUUUCUGACUAAGUUCAAUUCGGAGGAAUUAUGACAAAGGAAGAAUGUAGAGCAUUAGCCAGAAAAAUCAUGUCAAUAUAUGAUGGGGAUGGAAACGGCACAUUAGAUUCUUUUGAAGUUGGUUACAUUCAAUCCGAUUGUUAUAGGGCAAUGAAUAAAGGAUUCAAUCCAACUCCAACAGAUAUUGCUGCUUUUUCCAGAAUCAUCGAUAGACGCUAAUGUGGCAUGGUGACGGAUAAAGAUAUUGAAGCUUUAUGUAUAAAAUACUUUGGAGGUAAUUUCGAUAGAAGUGAAAGAAGCGAAAGGGUGGUACCUGAGCAAACAAUAAGUUAACAAAAAACCUAUGAGACAAGCUCGUUUAAUAGAUAAGUAUCUAGCAACCAGAAUAGCAAAGUCAUAACAGUUCAAUAAUAAACUACGGUCACAAAUUAAGUAUCAUCCAUUCCUAGUUCCCCUCCUAUCAAAAAUACUUACAGUACAGUUGUAUAGGAAAGGUUGGAAGUGGCAAGAAGAAUCUUUAGAAUGUUGGAUACAGAAAAAAAUGGAUUCAUUACAGAAAAGCAUGUUCCUUCAUUGCUUCAGGAAACAUAUAAAUUAAUGGGAAUGUCAAUUGAACCAACACAAGAAGAUGUAGAAUUAUGGAUGGAAAUGGCUGAUGAAGAUAGAGAUGGAAAGGUGUUUCUAAAGGACUAUGAAGCAUUAGUAAUAAGAAGUCUAAAGUAAUAAGGAAUUGUUUUAGAAUGAUUCAUAUAAAUCAAAAUUUAAUAGUUAACUUUAUUAAAGAUCAAA